GGAAGGCGGUGUGGCGGGCGGUGCCUGGAGCGGCGCUGCGGCGAUGAGGGGCGGCGGGCGCUGUGUUGCGCUCCUCGCCCCCGGAGCCGCCUCCCGGCCGCUCCCGCUCCCCCUUCAGCCGCCUCGGGCCGCGCUCCCUCCGGUUCCUCGGAGAGGUUUUGCUGCCACACUCCUUAGGAAUUCCUACGAUGUUAGAAGAGUUGAAAUCACUCCACUGGAGCAGAGGAAAGUGACUUUUGAUACUCAUGCCUUAGUGCAGGAUCUGGAAGCCCAUGGCUUUGCAAAAGAACAAGCAGAGACCAUUGUAUCUGCAUUAAUCACCCUGUCGAAUGUCAGUUUAGACACAGUCUAUAAGGAUAUGGUUACCCAGGCUCAGCAGGAAAUAACUUUACAGCAGAUAAUGGCACAUUUGGACUCCAUUCGAAAAGAUAUGGUUAUCCUGGAAAAAAGUGAAUUUGCAAACUUGAGAGCUGAGAAUGAGAAAAUGAAAAUUGAAUUAGAUCAAGUUAAACAGCAGUUAAUGAAUGAAACCGGUAAAAUCCGAGCUGACAGUAAGCUAGACAUAAACCUGGAGAGGAGCAGAGUGACAGAUAUGUUUACAGAUCAAGAGAGGAAAUUGAUGGAAGCAACUACAGAGUUUCACAAAAAAGAUUCAAGUACCAACAGCAUUAUUUCAGAAAUCAGUAAUAAAAUUGACACUGAAAUAGCUUCUUUAAAAACACUGAUGGAAUCGAAUAAACUUGAUACGAUACGUUACUUGGCAGCUUCAGUAUUCACUUGCUUAGCAAUAGCACUGGGAUUUUACAGGUUCUGGAAAUAGAUCGAAACGGAAUGAGUGCAUCAAAUACAGAUGGAGAAAAGGCCACCCAAGCAACAUCAACUAGACGAUCACAGUUGAGCUUAGAUAACUUUGGUACCUUUUUGUUUUGAUACUCUUACUGUGCACUGAAGUGUUCUGACUUUGUAACACUAAAGAUCAAAAUAAUUGAGUGGGGAGUAUACAAAUGAUAGUAAUAUUUCAUUGUCCCCUGUUGAAUAAUGUAUUUAUUUCAAAGACUUCUUAUAUUAAAAUCAGAAGGCGUUUCCUAACGGGUUUUAGAAUCAAGUCUGUCUUUUAGAACCAUUCCAGUGCUCUCAGCUAGCUCCACUCAAACUGGAGAUACUAAACACUUGACAUGCUCUUGAAAAUACGGGACUACUGUUUCCAAAUUAGUGUUACCAACAUGAGGGAAUUCCAGCAGAUCUACCCUGACCAAGCAAAGUAAUCUGAAAUAUAGGAGCUGGAUGUUUGCCUGUAGUCUGUUCCUCUCUUUUCUGAUGGGUUGAAGUUUGGUCCUUUGGUUUUAUAUUUUCAUAAAUAAAUAGGAAUAUAUACAUACAUAUAUAAAACACACUCCAAGGCCUUUACUAAAGAAUCCUUGUUCUUCUUGAAAAAAAUGGUUUACAUACAGUUAAAAUAUAAUGUGAAACCAAAAUGUCUCUACAGAUCUAGUUAUUUUUAACAUCUCUUAUGAUUUCUGUAACCCCAGAGGCCAGUUCUCCAAUGGGAAAAUUUCUGCCUUCCUCUUUCUGAGGGGAAAUGCCUCUGUUCUCACCAACUGUGUACAGCCCUGGGACUGACAAGUGCUCUUAAAUCCUCCCUUCAAGGAGUACCAAGUAUUUCCAAUAAACCUUCAUGUGUUUUUCUGGGAAUAAGAUCUGGCUUGUGACCCAGAAACUCAGCACCUCAGUUUCAACCUCAGUGUCAUUGUGGCUCUGGUUGUCUUGUUCCCAUCUCCGUGCUCCUCUGGAGUGGUCCAUAAUGCUGUGAGGCAGGCUGGCUGUUCGAACUUCAGGUGGUGAUUAUUCCUCCUCUGUUUUCUGCGAGUACAAAUGCCUAUGCUUAGGUAGAUUUCUUUUAAUAGUAAUAACAAUAAUAAAAAAGUCAAAAGCCUUUCAUGGACUAAAGUUUAUCAGAAUAAGUCCUUUAUGGGCUAUAGAGUUUAUAGUACUGUAUAGUUAGAACUUUUGUAUUGCAGUUCUGUUUGCAGUUGAACUUGGUGGUAUCCUGCAAAUUCUUGUAUUCUGUGCAUGACAUUAUGUAUUUAACAUCUACAUUUAUGAAAAUAAAAUUAAUGUCUUAUA